AAAACCAAGUGAUCCAAUCAUGAGAAUGAGUCAAACAGCAUCUUUCAUCCACUCAAUCCUGGGCCAGGCUGUUCCUUUUCUCUUGUGUGUUUGUGUGCGUAGAAAAAAAAAAAAAAAUUGUACUAACAACUCUCUAGAAACAAGAGAAAUCAAUGAAAAUAACCCCCCUCGAAUCAUGGUCUUCGUGUACGCCAGUGCAGGAGUGACCUGCGCGGUCUCUCCACUUCUGUCUCUCUCUUUCAUUCUGCUAAUUCCUUUUUCAAAGUUGAUUGGUUCAGAAUUGCGGAUCACCACAUGACUGUUUCUUUUUUUCUUCGUAAUAACUUUCUUUCCAUAACAAACCCAUCCCUAUCUUGCUUUCUCCUUCUUUUUCUAGCGGUUGGUGUUGAUUCAAUUUCCAGCAACAUGGGGUUUGAUGACAAAAGCAAUGAGAGUGGUGGUGGCGAAGUUUCGGGUGAGACAGAAACAAAAACACCUCCAAAUGAACAGGUAGAUGAUGAGCCGGGUAGUGGAGCUAUAUCUAGACAUAUGAGUGAGAGUUCUAUUAUUGCAACUGAGGAUGAAGAUGAAGAAGAUAGAAAGAUUGAGUUGGGCCCUCAGUGCACUCUUAAACAACAACUUGAGAAGGAUAAGGAUGAUGAGAGCUUGAGGAGAUGGAAAGAACAGCUUCUUGGAAGUGUGGAUAUUGAUUCUGUUGGAGAAACACUAGAACCAGAGGUUAAGAUCUUGAGCCUCUCAAUCAAAUCCCCUGGUAGACCUGAUAUUGUUCUCGCAGUUCCUGAAGAUGGCAAAGUGAAAGGCUCGUGGUUUACCUUAAAAGAAGGUAGCCGUUACAGCCUGGAGUUCACUUUCCAGGUUAGCAACAAUAUUGUAUCUGGCCUCAAAUACACUAAUACAGUUUGGAAAACUGGUGUCAAGGUUGAUAGCACAAAGGAGAUGCUUGGAACCUUCAGCCCUCAGGUAGAAACUUACAUACAUGAGAUGCCCGAGGAAACUACUCCGUCUGGCAUGUUUGCUAGAGGAUCAUAUUCAGCUAAAACUAAGUUUGUUGAUGAUGACAACAAGUGCCACUUGGAGAUCAACUAUACAUUCGACAUUCGUAAAGAGUGGCAGGAGACACAUGAAGUGUGAUGAAUUAUCCGAUGAAUUGCAUUGCUUGGCCCUUCACUCAAUCAAAAGACGGUGUUUUGGAGUCGAAAUCUGCUUCAGAUUUUAACAUAUUUCUUUUGCAGUAGUGUCUUGUUAUUUAUUUUAGUCCUAUGUGAGACUGGUUGGUGGAUUAUACAGUAUGAGGAAGAGGAGAGAGGAUUUGGAAACAAUAGGAGCAAGUGAAAAUUCAUUUCUUUCAGGGAAGAGUCUCAAAUCAAUCAAUAAAAGUUGAGCUUUGCAGUUUGAGCUCAAACACAUACAGUCCUCCUUGUAAUUCUUUGCUUUUCACCAUUAUUAAUUACCGUUGUGUUGAGCUAUAUAUUCGUAGUUUGAGGUUGUUAACAGCAUGAUUCGGUGCGGGUGGACCAAAAAAAAAACAAAAACUUGAAAGCAGUGCAGUGUUACCCUUCCCCCCUCCUUUUCCUUGUCUAAAUCUAUGAGUUGCACUGUUCAUUUGUAGCAGUCACAAUAUUUAUUAGCAUUAAUAAAACUAUGUAUGUGUAGAUAUUUUGAGUA